AUGGCUGCGACACACUGUCCCGAUUGUCGGAAAAAAUAUAGUCCAAAGAAACCUUGGUGCAAGUGCGAUUUCCCAAAAGUGUUUGGUCAAUGGACGAGUGGUGAUAACGCAAUCGACGAGUUUAUCAAAAUGACACAAAAUCAACUUGGAGCCGAUUAUGACGACAAUUUCUUGGAAUGGAUUCCUUUCGACCGCUUCCGUAAUAAAGAAAUAAUUGGACAAGGUGGAUAUGGGACUGUCUAUUGCGCAGAAUGGAUUGAUGGAAAAAGAUCUUGGGAUCUAUCUACCGAUCCAUCGACAAGGACGCGACAACCCUGCAAGGUGGCAUUAAAGAGUCUAAACAGCGAAAUGGAAUCUCAUCAAAUGUUUUUGGAUGAAGUUCGUUCUCAUUAUGACACGCAUAAUACUUCUUGGGUAACCACCUUCCCAAUGUAUGGCCUUUCCCGAGACCCCGAUACACAAGUAUACUUGAUCGUUAUGCCAUUCAUCGAGAAUGGUAAUUUGCGUACAUACGUCCACAAAAACUUCCAUGCAAUAAAUUGGGAAUUUAAACUCCAAUUACUCUAUAGUAUCGCACUUCGACUAUUUCAGGUUCACAAUAAGAAUAUGAUCCACAGAGAUUUACAUGGCGGAAAUGUACUUGUGAAAAUUGAUAAAGACGAAAAGCGCCCAGCUACAUGGGAGCUUCGCAAUUUUUUUUCUAAUCGUCGUGCUACCCAAAGUGUUCCACAGGAAUAUCGCACAGCGGAUGAACGCAAAGAGAGCAUUGUACUUACACGUUCACACCAUGUUCAUCACACCGAUGCCAUCUACACAAGCCGUCUUUGGGAUAUUAAAAAACAAGAUAGUGAAGAACGGAUUGUCUUACAAGAAUACCUCGGCGAAAACGCCAAAAACAACGACGACAGUAACCAAGACUCCGAGACAUCAAACGAAGGAACCGACGGAGACUCUAAACGAAAAAUCCAACAUGUGGCUGGCAAAGGAAUAAAGGAACAAUUAAAAAACUUCGCGACACUGGAGAUAGGGAAAGCCAUCCUCGCCAGACAUAUUACCGAAUACGACGUGGAAGAAGAGGUGGCGUGGGUUGACUAA